GUUAGAACAAUCAACUAGAACCAACGGAUACAAAGAAAUGUCAAGACUAUCUUAUUCACAGCUGGAAUACGAGCUUAAUCAAGGUAGAAGUGAUGACCAACUCAAGCGCAUACAGUCCAAGUAUGGCAUAGCAGCUAAACGACAAUUGAUGAAUAGAGUUGCAAAACUUAAUACUGCACAAGAAUCAGGUAAAUCAGGCGCUGAAUUGGACGCUAGAAGAACUGUUUUCAAGCUUUCACAUGAUCAACUCGCCCAGAGAAUAAAAGAAGGUGCCAAGUGGGCAGAUAUUGGUAAAGAAGCGGGCGUUAGAUCAACCUAUGCUCAAGCAGUUUGGGCUAGCAUCCAGAAUAGAUAUCCAGGUAUAAAAUACGCCCAUGGUAAAGGUCGUGGUAGAAAUGGCCAUUCUGUCACGGACGAAGACAAGUAUACGGUUUAUAUGUUCCGUACUGGUGAGAUAUCAAGAGCUCAAGCUUAUGAAAGAUUGACGGCCUGCGGCCGAACACGUGGCGGAGCUAAACAAAUACUUAACAAGCACUCACAUACCGAUAUCAACAACUUAACAGAAGUAACGGCAUCUUCGAGGCCCCGCGCUUUAUCUAACACUAGUAUCGCUAGUACAUCCAGCUCAGUAGGUACUAGGUACGAGCCACAACAACAUCAACAGCCUUUAAUGAUGACACCACCACCUUCAAGUUACGGAUCAAGUAGAUCAAGCUCAGUGGAAGCUGAGCCGACUACACCAGUUUCUUUACCAAUUUCAUCAUUACUUCAACCCUCAGGUGCUGGUGUUGAUGAAGAGCCACCAAAACUGCGUAAGACAAUAUCACAAAGUGUCCCAAUGGGAUAUUGGCAAGGACCAACGUCACAACCACUACCAAUGCUAGUACCAAUACAAUCUAGAGCCUACGAUGAAAGUUAUAGUUACAGAUUACCACCAAUUUCAUUGGAAAGAGCGCAAAGAGAUUGAUAAUGAUGAUUAAAAUUUUCUACCUUGUUGUAAUAAUAAAUAUGGAUUGCAUAUAUGAACAAAAUGAUAUUAACG